AUGACCCCUCCUCAGCUACUUGGUCUCCCGGUUGAGGUUGCGGUGGAGAUUCUCUCGUACCUUGGGUGUCAGGAUCUGUUGUCGUGCUCUGCAGUAUGCAAAUCGCUCCGUGCUGUCGUCAAAGAAUCGCUCGAGCUGCGAUAUAUCAUCGAGCUCGCAGCAGACGGCAUGGUAGACGUUCCUUCAGUCCCUAUGAACACCGCCGACCGCCUCGCCCUUCUGCUUGAUCGCCGCCGGCGAUGGCGCGAGCUUGACUGGAUUGAGAAGAUCCCAGUGACCAUGCCAGGGGCAUGCCAGGCUUAUGAGCUUGUCGGGGGCGUGUUUGCCAAGACCAUGGGCGGUCUGCACAUGGGAGGCUCGUAUCACCUCAAUGCGACAUGGCUUCCUUCUCGCACGCAGCCUGCUCGAAGUCUCAUCCGAGAAGAUUUAGGCGUGCCUACUCGAGACUUCGCUAUUGAUCCGUCUCAAGAUCUGAUCGUCAUCGUAUCCAGAGACGACAGUAACCCGGCAGACUUCGCGAUCAAACUCCAUCUGCGGACAAUUAGUACUAACGCACCCCACCCCUUGGCCAAGCAGGCUGGGUUUUCCGUGCCUAUUUCAUGGAUCCACUCGAAUUGCUUCAUCCAGAUAGUGGACGACGUCGUGGGCAUGUUCUGCUGGGUACAUGGCCCGGCGCUCUUCAUCUGGAACUGGCACCAUGCUGAGCUGCUAAUUAACCUCGCAGGGCUCCAGCUUCCGCUUAAUGUGUGGGACUUCGGGUUCCUCUCUAACCGCGCAUUCAUGAUCACGUCCAUGCAUGGACCAGGUUCAAUACACCUAUAUGCUUUUGACGGACGGCAGUCCGAUCAUGGCUGCCGAGCGCGUCAUGUUAAAACACUGUGCCUUCCCCCAGUGAAGGAUGGCAAAGGACCUCAUAGCUUUGCUACCCAUUCGGGGCCGUACAUACACAAACCCAUGCCAGGGAAGCCGUUUGAGGCUGACCGCACCGCGCGCGUGCAUCUCAUGGCCCUCGUGUAUGACGAUCAUGGCCCGCGCUAUCACCUUUUCGUACACCACCGGUUCUUGCUGUCCUUCAUUCCUGCUAAAGGACAAUCCAAUGCUGCUCCUGUUGAGCGCGCUUCCGAUCUCGACACCAUGUUUGCAUCUCAAAUCCCGUGGGACGCAUGGGGCCCAGCAAAUACCAGGUUCAUACAGCAUAUUCAUCAAUUCCAGUGGCUCCGAUAUGUACAUGGCCAGCGGGUUGCGCUACCACCGUCCUUGUCGACAGCCUCAGUCAUCCCCCACUGCACGUUACAAGUACUCGACUUCAAUGUUCACCCUCAACGUGUAGACGACCCUGUUCCGAUUCGCCCUGUCGGAGGGAACAUCUGUCCUGCGGGAGGGACGACGGGUUCAUACCAGCUCGUGACAGAGCCGUCGAAGAUCUCCUCGGGUCUCAUAUUCCAGAAUGACGUUGUGACAUAUCUGCCUUACGCUCUGUUGGUCCGUACGGGAGACUUUGAAUACUCGGGUUUCAUGAUCGAUGACGAAAGGAUUGUGGGUAUGAAGGCAGUAGUGGAUCCAAUCCCAGACUUGCAUUCCUCCGUUCAACUCAACCAUUCCUUGCUGUUAACACCCACCAACCUGCGACCUUCUCAUCUCAUUACUAUGUCUUCGGUGAAUGGAGCACUGCCCAACUUCUUGGUCUCCAUACCGGAUGUCGUGGCAACCCACGUCCUCGGCGACUCCAAUGCGGAGCUUGGACGGGGAGAUCUCACGCUGAUUCUAACUGAGUCGGCACAUGUUGUCGCACCCUCGUCUCCUACGCGCAGUUCAAGCUAUCAUGCGCCGGUACUGACUCUGACUAUCGGCAAAGCAGCAUUCCCACUAUUCAAGACGACCAUGUUUGGCACUCUGGCGGACGACAUGAGGGCUUAUGUAUAUGUCAAAAUUCUCCUACCAGAGGGCGUAACCGUAGUCGACUCUCCCUUUGAGAAGCUUCAGACCAAGUUUGAGCAGGCCCUCAUCCACCACGGAUUGCUGAAGGAGGGUAUCGAGGCUGCCGCUGACGAGAUCGGCAUGAGCAUGCGGGAAGAGUCCGCCAAACUCGCACAACGGGUCAGGGGUUCGACGGAGAGCCACUUAUCAGAGAAUGCGCUGACGGAGUCUCCCGUCGAGGUCCCCACGGCAAUUCACACGGCCUCAGACAGUGACGCAAAUGGCUCCAAGUCGCUUGCCUCCGCCGCCCGCCGCAUGUCGAUCGCCGUUGGCACCGUUGCCGGGCAGGCAGGUACCUGGGUUACAGAGCACCUCGUCACCACUACAACGCCUGCAUCGCAAACGCUGAACUCGCUCUCGAAUGCUCACGACAGCAUGGCAGACGGCUACGACGCUGGCUCCGCGGAAGUGGGCGGCGCGCUCGCCGAUGCCGCAGGGAAGCGCGUGGAGAAUACAUACGGAACCCAGGCGCGGAAAGUCCUUGACAACACGGGUUCCAGCGCGGGUAAUGUGGGCACGGCGGUGGGUGAUGUGGCUUUGACGACCAGUGGCGCGGGUCUGCUGACCCAAGGUUUCAAGGGAGCGGCAGGAGCACAACCGAAGCAGCGGGAUAUCAAGGACACUGGGAAGGCAGCUCACGCGAAUGAGGAUGAGGAUGCCUGGAAUGAUGUGUCUAUAUAA